AUGAUCUUAGCAAACAAUAGUUAUAUGGUUACACUUUAUUUAUAUUUACCUGCUCUCCUUUCAGGCCAAUCCUCUUUGCCCUCUUACAAACGCCCUCCCCGGUGGAAGCGUCAUCUGCCGCUUCCACUGUACCGUCUUCUUGUCUCUUCUGCAAACUCUCCUAGCGUCGGUUGUGCCCCGCCCAUCAUGGCAAGUUUUGACGGCAACAAUCGGCAGCCCUUGUCGGCCUCUCUUCCUCUCGGCUCUACCUCUUUCUCUUCCGUCUCGUCAUCCCCCAAUGUCACAUAUUCAUCCAGCCGCAAUGGAUUGCUUCGCUCCCUCCUCAACCGGCCAUCUCGGGGCACUCGGCAACAUUGGCUUGCCAACUCAUUUCCUCGAGGCAACCGAAAGGUGUCCUCCCCCGAC